GAUUUCCGCGCAUUCGUCGCCUGCGCAUACACAAUGACACACAUGCAGACAGCCAGCAGCAGCUACACACGCGCACGAAUGCACAUUAUUCGUUCGAUGUGGCGUGUCGAUGUCUCGUCGAGUCAUCAGUGGCGGCGGCGCACGGAUUAUCGAGAAGAACCUGAUUAAAUAUGGUAGUUUAAGGCAGUGUCGUCGUUUCGGGGCCCCCCCAAGGUGUAAGGACUGAUCAUUGGGACUCGUUAGCAGUCGUCCCGCGCGUUUCUGUACACGCGGAAGACUGUAACUCGAAUCGUCGUACGACGACGGACAGGACACUGUAAGAAUGUGACGGCUCAAGAUAAAACAUCUGAAAAGGGGGGAUACAACAAUUUAUUUGCCAUGUUUCAUUAAAGGAGAUGCCAUCAGAAAUAGAUGAAGGAGACAUGGUGUCCAAGCACGAUGAUGCAACUGAUGGAGACUCUCAAGCAGAAACUGAAUUCACCUCGUUGGAUAACACCAGGCAGGAGGAAAGCAAUAGCUAUUUGCCAAAUGCUGAGAAUGAAAAUACCAGCAUUAGAAAUGACAAUUAUGCCUUUCACAAUGUUGCAGCGGUACAAAAUCUCGAUAAUGCUGUGUUAACAUUAAAUUGUGAAACUGUCAUCAUGGAAAAUGAAGCAAGAAGUUUGGAGAGUGGGAACGAGAGAAUCAGAAUAAUAGAAAAUGAUGUAGAGAAUAAUCCAACAGAGUUAAUGACAUACGAAGCUGAAACUCAAAUAAAUGGCUCGAAUGAAAUUGGUAUAUCUAGUGCAGUUAGCUCUUUAAGCACGAGCGAUAAUACUACUCAAACCUCUUUACGAGAUACUCAACCUGAUAAUGAGCCUUCUAAAAAGAAUUUUACAAGAUGUCUUGAAAGUAAUAUAAAUCAUUCUGAUAAUUCCCAGUCUACUUCUGGAUGUAACUCAUUGUUCAAUACUCAUAAGUCCAGCGAUAAUGAGUUAACAAAUAUUCAAAAUUGUGAUUCUAUUGAUGGUGCAGCAUCCUUACCACUGCAAAUUCCUGUGAUAGAUUCGUCCACUGGUGAAGGAUCUUCAACUUGUGAUAAUGACAUUGUCUUAGUAAAUCGUAAUAAACCUUUUAAAUUACCAAGUUUGGUUAAUCUUUAUGAAGCAGCCGAAGCUCAGAGAGCUGAACUCGAGGAUCGCGAUGUUCUCACAGCCAUGUCAUCCAUGGACAUUGAUUCUGGACUUUUUAUGAGCAGCGAAAGUAGUAAUUCCGAUCCUGAAACACAACAAAUUUCUGAUCUUCGUAGGAAUAAAAAAAAAAUAACAGAUGCGAAUGGUCAUGUAUCAUGCGAGGGAUCGGAAUAUUAUCAUUUAUGGCGUAGUACAGGUGGUAUUCCAUCUACAGAUUCCGUUUAUGAUACUCUUUAUCCAAAUCCUCCUCCACUACCACCACGCGCAAUGCAUAAGCCAUUGCAUAGAACAAGUGCUUUAGCAUCUGUACCAUUGAAAUUGCCAAGAAGACAUGCUCAGAAGCUUUCGGCACCCCUACGUCCAGAAGAUUGUUUUGGAUUUGAAAUUGUUGAUGUCGACGAAGCAUCAAACUUAAAAGCACGAACGGCAGUAACCAAGAGUAUUGCGUUACUGAGUUCGCCUCGGGCUCACCGUCCACUUAUGAGACCAGACACUGCCGGUACGAGUAGUCAGUCCGAGUGCCCGCCUACUCCGACGCACCGUCCAAAACCACUGCGUUCCUUGCCCAUGUGCCCAGCGGCCAACUCCGCGCUUACCUCGUCCGAGGAACCACUACCCUCCUCUUGGGAAGCACGAAUAGAUAGUCAUGGUCGUGUAUUCUACAUAGAUCAUGUGAAUCGGACAACUACAUGGCAACGUCCAGGCUCAUCGACUCGCAAUGCCGGUUGCGAUCUACGGCUCCAGCAACUCGAUCGCCGUUAUCAGAGCGUACGACGCACUAUUUCCAGGUCGGACAACAGCGAUCGCGAACCCAACGUUCCCUCGAGCUCCAGCUCUUCGCGGACCGACAAUCAAGCUCAACAGCAACAACCGCAAACAUCGUCACAAGCAGAGAGAAGUGGCACCAGCAGUUUAGAAGCCUUUGACGUGACAACAACACCCGCUGUUCAGUUUCUCAAUCGACCCGACUUCUUUACUGUCCUCCACACCAAUGUCGAAGCGAUGGAGCUUUAUAACAGAAACACUAGUCUUAAGUACAUGAUUAGCAAGAUAAGGAGGGAGCCAAGAGUUUUUCCAAGGUACGAGCAUAAUCGAGACUUGGUAGCUCUCAUCAACUUUUUCGCUGAUCAGACCAAGGAUUUGCCAUCCGGGUACGAGUCGAAGCUCGACAGAACUGGAAAGAGAUUCUUUAUAAACCAUGCGAGGAAGGCGACGUCGUUCAUCGAUCCCCGACUGCCAACGGAAGCGGCGCAUCCUCGCACACUGCUGGACGAGGCCCCGGUACCACCACCGCGACCUCAGCAAUCGAUGAUCACCAGUGCUCCGGACAUACCGGUCGCCUACAACGACAAGGUUGUCGCGUUCCUACGUCAGCCGAAUAUUAUGGAUAUCCUCAAGGAGAGACACGCGGCCCUCGGACAAAAUGUUGCCUUAAGGGAAAAGGUGAAUGCGAUACGCAUCGAAGGGAGCGUGGCUCUGCAGCGACUUGGUCACGACGUACCGCUCGCUUUGCUUCUCAGUUUAUUCGAACAAGAAAUUAUGUCAUACAUCCCCGGUAAUGUUGGAAGAUCUCCUUUAAAUAGUCCACAUGCAUCGCCAGGCUUAACUAGAGCAUCCGCGAGGGCUCCGGCUCCAUACAGAAGAGAUUUUGAAGCAAAAUUAAGAACUUUCUACAGGAAGCUCGAGAGCAAAGGAUAUGGCCAAGGUCCCGGAAAAUUAAAGCUUCAUAUUCGACGAGAACAUUUAUUAGAAGAUGCAUUUACUCAUAUAAUGGCCGUUUCGAAAAAAGAUUUGCAAAAAGGCAAACUUGUCGUGAUAUUUGAUCGAGAAGAAGGUCUAGAUUAUGGCGGUCCAUCGCGUGAGUUUUUUUUUCAUCUCUCUCGAGAACUCUUUAAUCCUUAUUACGGCCUUUUUGAGUAUUCAGCGAACGAUACUUACACCGUACAAGUUUCUCCAAUGUCUGCUUUCGUUGACAAUUACCACGAUUGGUUCAGAUUUUCGGGACGCGUUUUGGGUCUCGCCCUUGUCCAUCAGUACCUUUUGGAUGUUUUUUUCACAAGGCCGUUUUAUAAAGCAUUACUGCGUAUCGCAGCAAGUUUGAGCGAUUUGGAAAGCUUAGAUCAAGAGUUUCAUCAAAGCUUGAUGUGGAUCAAGGAAAAGGAUAUUAGUAUCGAGCCACUUGAACUCACAUUCUCCGUUACCGAGGAAUUAUUAGGUCGAGUUGCCGAAAGAGAGCUGAAGCCGGGUGGCAGGAACAUCUCCGUAACGGAAAAGAACAAGAAGGAGUACCUCGAGCGGAUACUCAGAUGGCGUCUGGAGCGCGGUGUCGCCGAACAAACGGAGUCUCUCGUACGAGGAUUCUACGAGGUCGUCGAUCCCCGUUUAGUAUCCGUCUUCGAUGCGCGGGAACUGGAACUCGUGAUCGCGGGGGCGGCAGAGAUCGACUUAAACGACUGGCGCGCGCACACCGAGUACCGGAGCGGUUAUCACGACGCCCAUCCUGUCAUAGAGUGGUUCUGGGGUAGUAUCAGUCGAUUUACUAACGAACAGAGGCUGAGACUACUGCAGUUUGUUACUGGCACAUCGAGCAUACCGUAUGAGGGAUUUGCCGCACUCAGGGGCUCUACCGGACCGCGCAAAUUCUGUAUUGAAAAAUGGGGACGACCGAAUAGUUUACCGAGAGCACAUACAUGUUUUAAUCGCUUAGAUCUACCACCAUAUCCAACGCCGGAAAUUCUAUACGAAAAACUGCUGUUGGCAGUAGAAGAAACGAAUACAUUUGGAAUAGAAUAAGUUACGGUAGUUUCCAAAAAUUUUUUGAGAAUAAAGUUUAUUAAGGAUAAUCAAAAAGUUAUGUAUACAGUAAGAUUUAAAAAUUUUUCGAUUAUAUUACGUGAUAAAUUGAACUAUAGCAUUGGCAUUUAAUUGCUUUAUUUGUUUAUUUACUUAAUAAUAAUAUAUAAAUCCGAUUGUCUGGUAAGUAAAAAUAAAACGAAUGGAAGGUUUGUUAAAUGUAUGUGCUGGGCGUUAAAUAAGAAUAUUAAUGUUGCUAACUCUCCAAAUAUAGUUACAUUAAUCAUCGUAAUUUGUAUGUUUGUUUUGUUGUAAAUGUUCAAAAUGUUGAAAAGAAUUUGAAGAGAAAAAAACAUAUUUUGACGAUUAUAUUGACAUUGCUUAAUGAACAAAAAAUGUAGCAAUGAUAAUAGAAUGCAGAAUGUAUAUUAAUAAAGAAUUUGCAGGGAUAAAUGAUAGAAAAUGUACAUCGAAUGAAUUCGAUUAUAAAAAGUUGAGAAUUGUUGCUUAGAAUUUUAAAUACAGAUUUAGGAAAAUUUUACUAAUUUUGGCGCAUUUAUAAUUACGUACGUAAACUUAUACAUUCAGUCCUCAAAUCUAGUCAUCUAAACAUAAUGAAUCUCUAUGAUCUAAUAUAUUAUUGUAUAUGUGAGUGGUUGAACAAAAACAACAUAUUUUCAAAAUUAAAAGCUUGAUAAUGAUUAGUUUUAUUUUUAUCAUUAGUUCUAUAUAUCUUAACAGAUAUUAAAGUCAUACUAAAUUAAUAGCUGGGUCAUAUAAGACUGAUUUAUGUUUUUAAAUUAUUUUAUUUUA